AUGGAUUGCAAUAAUGAAGAAGGUUACAAGAAUUUGCGGUUGCGGGCAUGGAGUGACACAAAACCGAUAGUGGACCUUAAUUCCAUACUACGCGACAGUCAUAGGACACGGAUCGAAAUGACUCCGUUCAAGUGGUGUGUUUAUAUGAACGGUCCAAUUGACUUCUGCACUCCUUUGUUGAAGGAAAUGGUUAGACGUUGGGUUAGCCGCAACGAAUGUUUUGUUUUGAAGCAAACAAUGGUACCAUUUACAGUAGGCGAUGUUUGCAUGGGUUUAGGGUUGGGUGUUGGUGGUUUAGAUGUAAAUUUUGAUGAUGACUUUGAUGCUGUUGUUUGUCAUCAAUUUUCGUCAAAGUCAUUCACUGUAAAAGAUGUCAUAAAUAGGAUAAAACAUUCAAAGGCAGUUAGUAACAUGCCUUUUAGAGUAUUAGAUAACAUUGAUAAUUUGUACGAAUAUAAUUGGGCAAAAGCUGUGCACACAUUUGUCCUAAAUAGUUUAGGAAAUGCUUCAAGGAAGAUAAGGCAAGGUGACAUAAGGGACCUCGGUCUUAGUGGGAAUGUUGCCGUGUUGCAGCUAUGGGCGGUCGAACGUUUGGGUUUAGCGGACGGUGCACAUGACAUUGUCUUCCCGCGAAUAAUGAAUUGGCGUUCGCUUAAGUUAAGGUGUAACAAAAUAGAGGAAUUGUUUAAACGGAAAGAGAUAUGUUGGGAGUGGUUUUUGCGGGACGAGGACCGUCAAAACUCAAUGAUUUGUGCGGCCCUUCAUUUGGAAGAAGGGUCAAUAGCGGAAGAUGAUGGAGAUGAUGGAGAUGAGUUAGGGUUAAGUUGGGAACAAGUGCUCAUGAAGAAAAUUGAAGACAACCAAAGAAAAAUGGUUGCAAUGGAUAAAGAUUUAAGAAGUUUGGCUACAUUGGUCGGUGUUGGGAAGGAAGAUUAUGAGAAAGGGAAUGAUGGUAAAGAAGAGGAUGGUGAUGUUCAUGGUCAUGGUGGGGCAGGGCAAUGUUUUCAAACAUUCACGUAUAGUGAUGUGGGUGGUUGUUGCUCAGGACUGAAGGAUGACGUUGAGGACGUUAUGGAUAUUGGACCUGUUGUAAGCACUGUGCCACUACAUGAUGACACUGACGAUGAUAAUUUAUUGAAUGUAGAUCGAACACAGUUGUACAACAUGGUGAUUCCGUUUAAACUUCCUUGGAGGGUUGUUUCUGAAAUUUCCGGUCAAACAUUUGGAAGCCAAGAGUGUUAUUCUUUUGGACCUAGGAUGCAGGUUGGCAACACGGGGAUUUUGUUUGCCACAUCAGUGUUCAUGUUCUUUGAAAGAAGGACCACUGGAGUAGUGAAAAGGAUAUGUUUUAGUCCAUUAUAUGCGUUGUUUGUCCCAAUUAUCCAUGACGGCCAUUGGUGGUGCUACGCUGUGAAGAUUCCAUCAUUGGAAAUGUUUGCACUGGACUCUUUUGGGCACAAAAGAAAGGAACGACAAAAGAUUGACAAUGUCAUUGCACAUAAUCUUGCAUUGCUUUUUGGACAUUUGUUCAAUUGUGCGGAAGAGAACAAACCAUCAUUGGAGGUACAACACUUGCAUACUCCAAUCCAACCAAACAAUUUUGAUUGUGGAGUAAUUGUUUUGAAAAUUAUGGAGUUGUGGGAUGGCAUUGACAAAUAUGAAAGAAAGACAAUGCCCAGUUACACAACUGAAGAACUACAACAAGUUAGGGAGCAUUAUGUAUGUCAAUGGAUUUUGGAUGUGGACAACGUCCGGAGGAAUGAAGUCUUGGAAGAUUUAGGCAUGUUGUAG